UCCCCCCCACGCCCGGACCCCCCAACCCUUCGGCCCUGGGGUAGCUCGGUCCCCCGGUACUAGGGCCACUGUGGCCCCCAGCCUCACUAUGCUGUCACCCCACGGCUCCCAGCCCUACUGUUUUGGAACCCCCCCGCCCACUGCCACCUGGCCUCCCCCAAUGUCCGAUCUUCCAGGGCCCUUAGCCCCCCUGCACGGCGACCCCCACUCCUGCGGUCCCACAGCCCUUAAUCCUGCUGGACUGUAACCCCCAGUCCCGCUGUCCCACGGGCCUCCCCCACACAGCCUCCUGUGUCCCCCGGCACCUGCGCCCCCCUCCUUACUCCCAGGCAGGGCCGGGCGCUGGAUGCGUCGUGGGUGAUUCAUCCUGCUCCAGCCCCCCCCCGCGCCAGCAGCUGCCAAAAAUAGCGCUGCGGGAGGUGGGGGGGGGACCCUCCACAUCACCUCCCACCCCCCCGCCUCACCGGCGGCAGGCCGGGAUGGCGGCCACGGGCCGCUGUCCCCGACACCCCCAUCCCAGGGGCCGUGGGAACCGGGACCUGGAGCGGAGGGACCCCAUGUUCCGGUUGUCACGUGAGCGAGUGCCAGUCCUGUCCCCGCGCUCCGUCCCGUGAGCCCGGCCAUGCCCAGCCCUGUCCGCCGCGCCCCCAGCGCCGCGGUGCCACUGGGGCUCCCCAUGAUCCCGGCGGAGGGUUCGGCGCUGCUGCGCGCCGUAUCCCAAGGGAAAUUCCGCCUGACCCGGCUGCUGCUGGAGGGGGGAGCCUACAUCAACGAAGGCAAUGCCGCGGGCACGACACCGCUGAUGGCAGCGUGCCGUGCCGGCUACGCCGACCCGCCCGAGCAGCCGCGGAUGGUCCAGUACCUUCUGGAGAACGGCGCCGAUCCCAACAUUCCCGACAAAUCCGGGAAGACGGCGCUGAUGCACGCUUGCGCGGAGCGCGCCGGCCCGGCCGUGGUCACCAUCCUGCUGGCCCACGGCGCUGACCCCAGCGCCCGGGAUUACGCCGGUGGCUCCGCGCUGGUCUACGCCUUGGAGCGCGGGGACCGGGAGACGCUGCAGGUGCUGCUGGACGCGUGCCGGGAGCGCGGGCGCGACGUCAUCAUCAUCACCUCAGCCACGUCGCCCCGUGGCACCAAGACCACCCGGCAAUACCUGAACUCGCCCCCGUCGCCCGCCCUCUGCGCGUCCCCCUCCCAGGUGCAGGUGCGGGCGGCGGCGUCGCCGGGUGCCAGCGCGAGGGACGAGGAGCGCGACGUGUUCCGCUUCCCACCCACGGCUCCAGGCGCCGCUCCAGAACCAUCCCGGGCCGGGCCCAAGCGGCAGCUGAAAAGGCUCAACUCGGAGCCAUGGGGGCUGAUGGUGCCAGGGGUGGAGAGGAUGCGAGGACGCUCCGAGGGGACACAGGGAAGCCUGGAGGGGACACAGGGACCCUCAGAGGGAGCACAGGGAACCUUAGAUGAGAUACGGGGACCCCUGGAGGGGACACGGAGACCCUUGGAUGGGACACGGGGCCCCUCAGAAGGUUCCUGGGGUUCCUCUGAGGGCCCACGGGGGCCCCUGGAAGGGACGUCAGCCUCCCCAGAGCAGCUGGUGGUGGGGUUGGAGGGUCUGCGGUUGCGCCCACGCCGGCACAGCGUGGAGGGGCGUGAGGUCUCAGGGCUGCCAGGCGGCACCUGGUCAGAACGGGUGCCCCCUGUCCCCACCCUGGGGCGUUGGGCUCCAGCCCCUGAUCCUCCACGGGGCAAACCCCUGCGCUGGGACCCCCCCAAUCCUGAGCUAGCCACCUCUGGGCCGCUCCAGCACCCGGCUGGGCUGCUGGAGCGCCGUGGCUCUGGAACGCUUCCCCUGGAGCCCCCCGGGCCAGGCAGGGCCGGGCUGCUCCCCCCGCUGCCUCCCCGAGCACUGCUCCGCCGGCAUUCCAUGCAGCCAGAGGCCCUGCGGCAUCUCGGGGCCUUCUGUGGGGGGCUGGCUCCUGAGCCUGGCUCUUAGGGACCCCCGAAGCCUAAGACCUAUCUGGGAAGGCCACACCCUGGGCAGUGGUACCAUUUCUUCUCAACCCUACUGAGAGUCAACUCUUCCAUCCCUCUGUUGGCACUAACUCUGCAUGACCCCAAAUUCGGGGAGCUGGUGGGUGCAUUCCCAACUCCCAGCUACCCCCAGUACCCUCCUCCUGCUCCCGCCUCAUCCUCUCAGCAGCUUUUUUCACUAGACCCAUCGCUGAGGGUCCCCAGGGUCUGACAAUACAGGCCCCAGUGCAGCUCAGGGGCUCUGAGGAGGAAGGGUGUGCCCAUCUGUGGGUUUGGGGACACAGGGGACAGACAGGGGCACAGCUGGACGCUGGCACAGCCAGACACUGUCACAACCAGACACAAGUACAUCUGGGCACAGGGACCCCACUGGGUCCCCCCAAGCUUUGCACAGCUGUUGCCUCCCAAUGCCAGUUUUAAGGAAAAAAUCAGUUGUUCUUUUGGAAGAAAGUUGGAGUUGUUCUACUGCUAGGCUGGGAGUGAUCCUCAGGAUCCUUGGGGAUCCAGCAGUCUGGAUGGGAGAGGGAUUUUAGGGAAAGGGGCAUGGGAGUGUCUGGGGAGCUUUAAUCAAGGACAAAGAACAAGAAGACAAACUUAGACAAAAUCUUGUUAUUUAACAGAAAACAAGGAAUUCCUGGUGGGAUAAAUACCAUGGGAGAUUUAGGGACUAUUUGUCUGGGGCAUGGAAAAAACUCCUGGGAUGUACUGGGAUGGGGGGCUGGGAGCGAUCCCCCCCAAAGCUGAGGGAAAUCCCCCCCAGCCCUCAGAAACUGCUGCUUCCCUCUUACUUGUCUUUUGAAAACAAUAAAAUUCCAUAAAACCCUAA